AAACAACCUCUGACUACCUGAUGCAAGUUUCUCCUAUCUUUACAUUUUCAAUUUUUAGAAUGUUGGUUUGGUUUAAAGUGGAUGAUGAGGAUCCACAAGUUUGCAAUGGCAGUACAUUCAAACAGAAGCUAGAAUGGGUACCUCCAGCUCAAGAUACUCAAGUCUUCCCAUCCAAGAACCACCCCACCCCACUGGUCCAACCUCCCCUGCCCCCUUAGCCUCCGGCGGCGAGAACCAGUUGGAUUCUUCAUGAUUGCGGUUGAGGCAGCAGCGGCGGCCAGAGUGGCAGCGGCAGAGAAACGAGCGGCAGCGGUGGAGAAACGAGCGGUAGAGGUGGAGGCCCGAGCUGCAGCGGCACUAACUGGAGCGGCAUCGGCGGAGUCCUCUGGGGUGGCGGAGAAGGUAGUUACGGAGGCAUCUGAGGUAUCAGCGGAGAAGGCAGUGGCGGAGGCAUCUGAGGCGGCGGAGAAGGCAGUGGCGGAGGCGUCUGAAGCUGCGGAGAGGGCAGGGGCGGAGAAGGUUGUGGCAGUAGCCUAGGUAGAGAUGAUUGGCGGAGGAGACACAGGCAGCAGAGGAAGAACCGGAGGUAGAGGCUGAGACACCGGCACCGGAGGUAGAAGGGUCAAUAAAAAGGUAAUUUAGGU